GUUCACAUGCAGCGUAACAAAAGAUGCAUAAAAAUACUAAUUGGUUAGGUUAGGUAACACUAAACUACAUAGAUAAAUAAAGAUAUUUAUUUAUGUUAUCUAGGUUACUUACAGAAUGAACCUUUGCAAAAUUUGUGGACCUCGUGAACAUAAGUUGUUUAUUUAAAUGUGGGUUGCGUAGGAAGGGAUAUAAUCCAUAGAUCAACCACAUCAUCACAAACUAUGUAGUUCAUCUAUGUUUCCACGUUCGUAGCCAAUCAUAUUAUUUAGAUACAUCAUAGUAACCAAUAAACAAUCGACAACACGUUGUCUUGCGCAUUUUAAAAGCCACGUAUCGUCAGAUUCAAGGAUUCUUUUACGCAAAGGUCUUGAGGUCGUAUUGAAAAAUUGUUAAGCCGGUUAAAAAUAAGAAAAUGUAUUUAUUCCAAAUUUUCGUCAUGCCUCUAUUUUUCUAUACUUGCUUCGCAAGAGAAGAAGAUGUUUUAGAGUUAUCGGAUAGUGAUUUUGAAUCCAGAAUAGCCGAACAUCAAACUGCUCUGGUUAUGUUUUAUGCUCCUUGGUGUGGACAUUGUAAGAGAUUAAAGCCAGAAUAUGCAAAAGCUGCUGAAGAUUUAAUCAGAAAUGAUCCCCCAGUUGCCUUGGUCAAAGUAGACUGCACAGAAGGUGGCAAAGAAACUUGUAAUAAGCACAGUGUAAGUGGUUACCCUACUUUGAAAAUAUUUAGAAAUGGAGAAGUUUCCCAAGAAUACAAUGGACCCAGAGAAGCAGCAGGAAUUGUCAAGUACAUGAAAGCUCAAGUUGGUCCAAGUUCAGUGGAACUAAAAACUGCAGAUUGUUUGAAAAAAUUACUGGCAGCUGAAAAAGAGUCUGUAGUGGUGGGUUUCUUUGAAAAAGAAUCACUUCUUAAGGCCUCUUUCCUUAAAAUUGCUAAUAAAUUGAGAGAAAAAGUAAAAUUUGCUCACACCUCUUUCAAGGAACUUUUGGAUGCCCAAGAAAUCAAGGAUGGUUUGGUCUUGUUUAGACCUACUCAUUUGCAAAACAAAUUUGAGGAAAAUAGUGUAAAAUACACUGGUGAUGCCGACGCUGCUGAAAUUCAGAAAUUCAUUACUAAAAAUUUCCAUGGUUUGGUAGGACAUCGUAAACCUGACAACAGACAAGAAUUCGAAAAUCCAUUGUUUGUUGCUUACUAUGAUGUUGACUAUGUUAAGAACCCCAAGGGAACAAACUACUGGCGUAACAGAAUUUUGAAGGUUGCCAAAGAAUUUGUUGGUAAAGCUAAUUUUGCUAUUAGUUCAAACGAUGAAUUCCAACAUGAAUUGAAUGAGUUUGGUUUAGACUAUGUUAAAGGCGAUAAACCAGUAAUCGCAGCUAGAGAUGCUAAAAAUCAGAAAUUUGUUCUUAAAGAUUUCUCUGUUGAAGGUUUUGAAAUAUUCAUCAGUGAUGUGUUGGAAGGCUCUAUUGAACCUUAUUUAAAAUCUGAACCAAUUCCAGAAAGCAAUGAUCAACCAUUAAAGGUAGCAGUAGCUAAGAAUUUUGAAGAAGUUGUUGUCAAUAAUGGAAAGGAUACCUUUAUUGAAUUUUAUGCUCCGUGGUGUGGACACUGCAAAAAGCUCGCACCUGUUUUUGAAGAACUCGCCGAAAAACUUAAAGAUGAGGAUGUAUUCAUUGUUAAAAUGGAUGCUACUGCUAAUGAUGUCCCAUCCACUUAUGAAGUUCGUGGUUUCCCCACACUUUUCUGGUUACCUAAAGAUUUUAAGGAUUCACCUAUCAAAUAUGAGGGUGGACGAGAAAUUGAUGAUUUUAUCAAAUACAUUGCCAAAGAGGCUACAAACGAACUCAAAGGAUAUGAUAGGAGUGGAUCUCCCAAAGCAGGCAAGACUGAAUUAUAAUUUUAAAAUCGAUAUUGUGUAGAGUACUUUUUUAAAAGAAAUUCCACGUAUAUUGUGUUACUUUUUUGUAAUAAAGCGAUUCUCUUAUUUUUA